AUGGAUAAUUAUUGGUAUUCUUCACAUAUUUUUCUUAUCUUUAUUUCAACUAUAACAUUAUGUUAUUGUCAAAUAGCUCCAUAUAUAACUGAACCAAAAUUAGCAUUUGUUAUUCCAAUAAAUUCAACAGCAUUAACUUUAACUUGGCAAUUUGCAGAUUUAUCCGUUGAUCGAUCUGAUUUGAUACAAAUAUCUAUUAUUUUUUAUGAAUAUUAUUAUAGUUAUAAUAAAACAUAUCCAUCAAUAGAUUACACAUUUACAUCAACGAAUAAAACAAUAACAAAUUUAACGAAAAAUUUCGAAUUAGUUAAUGCUUAUUAUUAUGUUUGUUGUUCAUCAAAUUCAUCAAUUACAAAUGUUACUCAAUAUCUAUUCGUUACAAAUUGUAUAUUAACUCGUACAUGUUUACGUUCAAAUGCUGCAUGUCCAUCGCCAUCAAAUGUUUUGAUUUCAUCAACAAACAUUCAAUCGAAUUCAUUUCUUAUUUCAUUUCUCUGGCCAAAUGAUUUACCAUAUACACCAGUUUCAUUUACUACACAAUUGAUUAAUACUAAUCAAACAGGUAAUGCAUUAAGCUUAAUACAAAAUACUACAUAUACAAAUCGAUCUUAUCAAUUUACUGGUCUACAAUCGAGAAUGACUUAUACAAUUAAUACAAGUUUUACUUAUACUAUUCUUAAUAGUAUGACAAAGACGAAUACAACUAUUUUAACAGUAAUAACAUCUUGUUCAUUGAAACUAGUUUAUACCGGUGAUUUCUUAAUUAGUUUUUUUUUCGUUCUCGGUGAUCUUGUUUACAAUAUUUUCUUAUAA